AUGAGAAAAGUUGAUCUCUGUUUGAGUUCUGAAGGGGCUGAAGUGAUUUUAGCUACAUCAAGUGAUGAAAAACAUCCACCUGAAAAUAUCAUCGAUGGGAAUCCAGAAACAUUUUGGACCACCACAGGAAUGUUUCCCCAGGAGUUCAUUAUUUGUUUUCAUAAACAUGUAAGGAUUGAAAGGCUUAUAAUCCGAAGUUACUUUGUGAGGACCUUGAGGAUUGAAAAGAGCACAUCUCAAGAGUCAGGUGAUUUUGAACAAUUGAUUGAAAGAGAACUAGUACACACAGAGGGGCAGCUUCAAAAUGAAGAAAUUGUGGUACGUGAUGGUUCCGCCACUCACUUGAGAUUCAUUAUUAAAUCAGCAUUUGAUCAUUUUGCAUCCGUGCAUAGCAUUUCUGCAGAGGGAAUAGCAGUCUCAAAGAUUUCCUAG